AUGGCGACUGAGCGCGAGAGCAAGACUUUCCUCGCCCGGCUGUGCGAGCAGGCCGAGCGCUACGAUGAGAUGGUCGGCUACAUGAAGGAAGUUGCAAAGAUCGGCGGCGAGCUCACCGUUGACGAGCGUAACCUUCUGUCCGUGGCUUACAAGAACGUCGUCGGCACACGCCGUGCCUCGUGGCGCAUCAUUUCCAGCAUCGAGCAAAAGGAGGAAUCCAAGGGUUCGGACAAGCACGUCACCAUCAUCCGCGACUACCGCAGCAAGAUUGAGCUCGAGCUCGAGAAGGUCUGCGAGGAUGUCCUUGAUGUGCUCGACCAAAGCCUUAUCCCCAAGGCCGAGACCGGCGAGAGCAAGGUCUUCUACCACAAGAUGAAGGGUGACUACCACCGUUACCUCGCCGAGUUCGCCUCCGGCGAGAAGCGCAAGACCGCUGCCACUGCGGCUCACGAGGCAUACAAGAACGCGACCGACGUCGCCCAGACUGAGCUCACUCCUACCCACCCCAUUCGUCUCGGGCUCGCCCUCAACUUCUCCGUCUUCUACUACGAGAUCCUCAACUCACCGGACCGUGCGUGCCAUCUCGCCAAGCAGGCCUUUGACGACGCCAUCGCCGAGCUCGACAGCCUUUCCGAGGAGUCGUACCGCGACAGCACCCUCAUCAUGCAGCUCCUCCGCGACAACCUUACUCUCUGGACCUCUUCAGACAAUGCUGAGCCCGAGGCUGCUGCUGCCGCCGCCGCUGCCGAGCCCAAGGCCGAAGCCGAAGCUGCUCCCGCUGCCGAGAAGCCCGCUGAGACUGAGCCUGCCGCUGCUUCUUAA